AUGUCCUUAAUUAACUAUGUUUUGAACUUAUUCGGUCUGAAAAAAUUAACAUACAAACAACUUACCUAUGGUGUGCUCUCUGCAACAUCUAUCUAUAUAUUAUACCCAAGUUUUAAGGGCAUAUUAUUUGCUAUUUUAGGUAUUAAACUAAUUAAAGUAGAUAUAGAUAGUGAAAGAUGGGAUAAAUAUACUACAGGAAUUUCAAAUAGAGGCAACGAUUGCUAUAUCAAUUCUUCUUUACAAGCCUUUAGUGCGCUUGAAUAUUUAACUAUUUAUUUAAAUGAAUAUAUUCAGUUAUUUUUUAAACAAGUUGAAAUUGCAGAAGAAGCAGAAAACCACUCAAAGACAAAUAUUAGGGGUUUAUUACAUGAAAGCUUAUGUAGCGUAUGUGGUGAUCUGCAAAAACUUAUUUGUCAGCCUAAAGUAAUAUCUAAUGUUCAGAUAGUUCAAUCUUUAGAAAGAAUUUUUCAAAGUAAAAUAUCCAGAGAUCAAAAUGAUGCACAUGAAUUCGUGCAAAUGUUAUUACAAAGAUUAUGUGAAGAAAAUAAAAUAUUAUAUGAAUAUAGUGAUAAUAGAAUUUUAAAAAAUAUUAAAUGUGACUUCCCAUUUAAGGGUACAAUUAGCAGACAUUAUUUCUGCAUGAGCUGUCAUAAAAGAUCAAAGAUUCAAAAGCAAGAUCAAUUUAUGUGGGAACUCAAUGUCCCUCAAAGAUAUGAGUGCUCAUUACAAGAAAUUAUCGAGAAUGAUGGAUAUGAAAUGAUACAAGAUUAUUCUUGUUUAUAUUGUCAAGUUUCUGCAUUAUUGGUAAACGAAGCAAAUUAUAACUUUAAUAAUGACGAUUUUGAAAACAAGAAUAUAUGUCAAUUAAAAGCUCUUUUACCUAUUCUAAAGAUAAAUAGUGAUAUACCUAAUCAUUUGUUAUAUUAUAUUAAAAAUUACGAUAAAAAUAGAUGUGUUCCUAGUAAAAUGAAGACUACUAUAGUUAGAAGGUCAGCCUUUUCAAAACUGCCAAAAAUUCUUAUUAUGCAUUUAUCGAGAUCAAUGUAUAACGGAAUGGUAAUGGCAAGAAACUCUUGUCGGGUCACAUUCCCAGAAAUACUAGAACUAAAUCAGCAAAAUCUAGGUGAAGAUGGCAAUUUUCAAAUGAAGAAAAUGAAAUAUUCAUUAAAGGCUAUGGUAAAGCACACUGGAUCACAUUAUCAAGGACAUUAUCAAUGUUAUAAGCAAAAGCCUAAGUUAGUUUUUAAUAAUCAAAAUAAACAAUUUAUAAACAAAGCACCGACUAUAAUUGAAAGAAUAGAUGAUAUACAAAACAAUAAAGAUAUUGAAAAAACAAAAAUUCAUGGAAUUAAAAAAUUUAAAACUAUCAAGACUGUGAAAAGUUCACCUUUUUGGUUAAUAUCUGAUGAUAAAGUAAAAGAAGUUAAAAAUUCAACUUUGCAUAAUGAAAAUAAGUAUGUAUAUAUGUUAUAUUAUGAAAUUCAACUCGAAUAA